AAUAUGGACACUGCUUAGAGGGGAGCGGGCACACCCACCACCUGUCUUCUUGUUCUUCCCGUCUGCCUUCUAAGUGGGGAGAACCGACCGAGAGAUCCCUAUAAACCCGUGGGGGCUUCUUCGCAAGUGCUGUGGUUAGCCAUCUGCGAGAUCUCUUCUCCUUACAUCUCAACUCAGCAAAUCCGCACCUCUCUUCUUUGCUCCUUUUCUUUCUGGUGCUUGUCGAGAGAGAGGAAAGAGAGAUAAUGGCGAGCUCAAUGGAUCUGGCAGACGUUCCAUCCGUCGAUCUGAUGACGGAGCUCCUCCGUCGGAUGAAAUGCGCCAAUAAACCCGAUAAAAGACUCAUUUUGAUAGGCCCACCAGGAUCUGGAAAGGGUACACAGUCACCCAUUAUUAAGGAUGAUUACUGUUUGUGCCACUUGGCGACUGGUGAUAUGCUGAGAGCUGCUGUUGCUGCUAAAACUCCUCUUGGUAUCAAAGCUAAAGAGGCCAUGGACAAGGGAGAAUUAGUCUCAGAUGAUUUGGUGGUUGGAAUAAUUGAUGAAGCAAUAAAGAAACCUUCCUGUCAGAAAGGCUUCAUACUUGACGGAUUCCCUAGGACAGUGGUUCAAGCAGAGAAGCUUGAUGAAAUGCUUGGAAAGCAAGGGACAAAAAUUGAUAAGGUUCUCAAUUUUGCUGUUGAUGAUUCAAUUUUAGAAGAAAGAAUUACCGGCCGUUGGGUCCAUCCUUCUAGUGGUCGUACCUACCAUACAAAGUUUGCUCCUCCGAAAGUAUCAGGAGUUGAUGAUGUUACUGGUGAGCCAUUGAUCCAGCGAAAGGAUGAUACAGCAGCAGUUCUGAAGUCGAGGCUGGAAGCUUUCCACAGGCAAACUGAACCUGUUAUUGAUUAUUAUUCAAAGAAGGGGGUCGUUGCUGAACUUCACGCUGAAAAGCCAGCGAAGGAAGUCACGGCUGAGGUUCAGAAAGUGCUAUCAUCAUAAUAAUUGUCUUGACUGUAUCUUUUUUGACUUUGAACUUUCAACCAGGUUAUCUGGUUUUAUACUGGAAUCCGAUACAUUCGGAUCGGCUAUUCUUCUUCAACAAUUUCGAGAAUUGUUCUACAAACGUUUUUUUGUUCCUGUGCAUUUGCUACCAUGUAACAGUUUAAUUUAAGUGCUGAUGCCACAAUAAAUUCUUAAUGUUACAUCUA